GCGGCUUAAGUUUCUUCGUCUAAUCGUCUGCUUGAUGAUUGUGCAAUCCACUUAUUUUGCUGUCUCGCUGCGCUGUCCGAAUCUCAAAAGAGACGAGCCGGCCGUACUUAGCUAUAGACGUCGCCUACCGGCUUGAUUCGGGUGCCCUUGAUUGUCAUUGAUAUAUAAUAUCUCGCUAGUCGCGGCAACUUGGCAACCGCAACUCGAUUAAAAUUUUUAGUUUUAUCAUUAUUUUUCAAUAAAUUACCGGCCACACCUUAUUUGAGAAUAAUGACUUCACUAACGGUUUCGCAAGUUGAUACAGUAGUAUUUGAAGGUCAAAAGCCAGGUACUUCUGGCCUUCGAAAAGCUGUUAAAGUUUUUCAACAAGAACAUUACACAGAAAAUUUUAUUCAAGCAAUACUCGAUGCUUUGGGUGAUAAAUUAAAUCAAAGCACGUUAGUUGUUGGAGGUGACGGUCGUUAUUAUGGCCAAGAUGCGGUUCGGAAAAUCAUCAAAAUUGCUGCAGCAAAUGGGGUAGUUAAAUUGUUAAUUGGACAACAUGGUAUACUAUCUACACCUGCUGUAUCAAACAUUAUUCGUAAAUACAAAACACUGGGAGGAAUUGUUUUAACUGCUUCGCAUAAUCCGGGUGGACCUAAUGGAGAUUUUGGUAUUAAAUUUAAUUGUGAAAAUGGUGGACCUGCUCCAGAUGCUGUUACAAAUAAAAUUUAUGAAAUAACAAAAACUUUGAAGAAAUACAAGAUUGUUUCUGGACUUGAAAUUGAUAUCGGAAAAAUCCAAAGCACAACUGUACUGAUUGAUGGAAAACCUUUUACUGUUGAUAUUAUUGACUCUGUGAAUGAUUAUACUGCCUUGAUGAAAGAAAUCUUUGAUUUCUCAGCUAUCAAACAGUUACUUCAAGGAAGUGAUAAACGACCUCAAUUUAAAGUUCUUAUCAAUGCUAUGAAUGGAGUGACUGGCCCUUACAUAACUGAAAUAUUUGGAAAAGAGUUAGGUGUGAGCAGUAGUGACUUGGUAAAUGCUGUUCCUAAAGAAGAUUUUGGAGGCUUGCAUCCAGACCCAAAUUUGACUUAUGCUGCAGACCUUGUUAAUGCUGUAAAAAAUGGACCAUAUGAUUUUGGAGCAGCAUUUGAUGGUGAUGGAGAUAGAAACAUGAUUAUUGGAAAGAAAGCAUUUUUUGUAAAUCCAUCUGAUUCAUUGGCUGUUUUAGCUGCUAAUUUGAAUGCUAUUCCAUAUUUCAAAAAGACUGGAAUAAAAGGCUAUGCUAGAUCCAUGCCAACCGGAGCAGCUGUAGAUUUAGUAGCAAAAAAAACAAACGUAAAAUGUUACCAAGUACCUACUGGGUGGAAAUAUUUCGGUAAUUUGAUGGAUGCUGGACAACUAUCUCUUUGUGGGGAAGAAAGUUUUGGUACAGGAUCAGAUCAUAUUCGAGAAAAAGAUGGUAUUUGGGCUAGUUUAGCAUGGCUAAGUGUAAUUGCCAAUCUAGGGAAAUCAGUUGAAGAAAUAUUGCUUGAUCAUUGGAGUACUUAUGGAAGAAAUUUUUUCACUAGAUAUGAUUAUGAAAACUGUGAUGCUGAUAAAUCUAAUGAAAUGAUGAAUUAUGUGGAAGAGUUGAUGAAGAAAUCAGACUUUGUGGGAACAAAACUUGCAUCACAAAACAAAACCUAUAUUGUUAAAGAGGCUGACAAUUAUUCAUACAAAGAUCCCAUAGAUGGUAGCAUAGCCACAAAACAGGGUCUUAGAAUAUUAUUUGAAGAUGGAUCGCGAGUAAUCUUUCGUUUAUCUGGUACUGGCAGCUCUGGUGCAACUAUUAGAUUAUACAUUGAAAGUUAUGAAGCGGAUCCAUCUACAUUUACUUUGGAUCCUCAAAUUGUCUUAAAGCCACUUGUUGAUAUAUCGCUUAAAUUAAGCAAACUUCAAGAGUAUACAGGCCGGGAUAAGCCAACUGUGAUUACAUAAAAAAUAAUUUGCAUUCAACCGUUGCAAGACUGUUUUGAUAAUGUUGUAAAUAAAUUUAAAUAAAUGAAUUAUUUAUCACUA